GACAUGUGAACAGUUUCUACCCGGACUUUUAAGGAGAUGCACACCAAAACAUGGCGGCCAAUAUAGAGCAAAUUUUCCAAGAUUUUAUUUUGAAUAAAAUCCGAGAGAUUGAAGACCAGAAUGAAGACAGAGCGAACGGUGCUGAGGCGGUUCCUUCUGGGGAAAUGAAAGCAGCAGCAGCAGAUAAAAGCACCUCAGACAAACACGAAGACUUCAGAGGCUCACAGAAGAAGCACAAGAAGCACAAAAAGCACAAAAGCAAAAAGAAAAAGAGGAAUCGUGACAAAGAGAGCAGCUGUGAGUCUGGAGCUGAAGUGGAGAGAGGAAGCAAACGUCAGAGCAGAAGAGGAACACCGACAGAAGCCAGAAAGGAGCGAGGCGCUGAUCAUGAGAGUAAAUCCAGAUGCCACAAGCAGCACUCCACAGGAAAGAAGAAGAAGAAGAAGAAAAGGAGGAAAGGUGAAGAGAACUCGUCAGAUUCUGACUCGGCGUUCGUGUCAAAGCAGAGAGAAAGUAAAUGUGGUCAAAGCUUACCUCUGAGACGACAGGAGGAGCUUCCAGACAUCAUCCCCAAACAGGACAGCUCCAAUCAAGGAAGAGCAGAUGAGGAAAGACUCGGUCGUCGCUCUCUGUCACAUUCCAACUCUCGCUCACAUUCCGACUCCAAACACCUCCACCGAAGGUCCAGGACUCGGUCCAGAUCCGGGUCUCCGGGAUGCAGGACUCGCUCCAGCUCCUCAGAAAAGAGGAGGGAUCUGGAUGAAGCUCUCCGGUCCACCAAGAGUCCCUCAGAGCGUCUUCAGCCUCAGCUGGACCUCAGACCCACCGAAGCAAACAUCAGGCUGGAGGAGAUGACCGAGUCCAGAACAGAAGAUCAGCCGGAAAAACCAGGAGAGAGCAAAGGAGAAGCAGCAGAACAACCAGCCUCAGGUUGUGGAACCUCCCAGUCCACCUCCACAGAGCCCAGCUUCCUCCAGAGUAAACCAGCAGAAGGUCCAAAGUGUCCUCCAGCCGAAGUUAAAACAGCAGCCAAGAAGAAGAGGAAACAGUCCAGGUCUCCACAGAGGAACAGGAAGUCCUCAAAGAAGCAGAAGAGGUCCAGGUCUCCGUGUCGGAGCUACAGGAGGGGGUCCAGAUCCAGGAGCUCCUCCCUGAAGAAGAGAUCCCGGUCCAGGUCUGGAGGGCGGAAGUCGUGGAGGUCUCGUUCUCGGUCGGCGUCUCGCAGUCGGAGGAGGGUCGCGUACAGCCAGAGGGACCGCUGGAAACGAGAGCCGAGUCACUCCCCCGUCCUCAUCCUCCGGAAAAAUAGAUCCCCCUCCAGGAAACACGGCAGCUCCAGCACCAGCCCUCAGCGCAUCAGCGACCUGGAUAAAGAGCAGCUGCUGGAGAUUGCCAAAGCUAAUGCUGCUGCUAUGUGUGCCAAAGCUGGGAUGCCCAUCCCUGCCAGCCUGAGGUCCACGGUGCUUCCUCUGGCUCUGCCCACCAUGGCCAUGAACGCCGCCAUGGCCAGUAUGACUGCUGCCACGGUGACGGCAGCUCUGUCCAACAUGGGGACUCUGUCGUCGCUGCUGCCCCUGCCUUCCAUCACCAACAAACCUCCUCCUGGUCCGGCUCAGGCCAGCAUCGCUGCUCUGGAGGAGGUGAAGAGGAAAGUAGCCAAGCAGGCCAACAGCAUCAGCAUCAAGGAGUUCACUGACAAGUGUCAGAUGAUCGUGGACAGUACCGGAGAGCUGCCCGUGGCGCUGCCUCAUGUUUCAGAUGAAGAGGAUGAUGGGAAACCGUUUGGAGGAUCGGCCCUCAGAGAGCAGAAAGUCAUCAGCUUCAGCAUCAACAACACGACGGUUCGUCCAGCGGUCCGCAGCGAUGCCGGCAUGGCCAAAGAGUUUCCGGUAUCUUCAGGAUCACAGCAUCGAAAGAAGGAGGGAGAAGGUCUGGGCGUCUAUGGAGAAUGGGUUCCCAUCGACAAAACCACAGAGAAAGCUUCAGUUUCCUCCAGGAAGGCUGUGACCAACGUUACCAUGACGACCACCUCCUCCUCAUCGUCGGACCCAGCAGAAGCAGUCGUUCUACCAGAAGCUGAACAGACGGGCUUUACCACAGACAAAGUGUUUCCAGACCCUCUGGUUCAGCCGGUAGACAUCACUCAGGCUGUGACCGAGAGGAUCAAAGCUCAGAGGCGAUUGGCUGAGAACCCCUAUGACAUCAGCGCCAUCUGCAUGCUCAGCCGGGCUCAGGAGCAGGUGGACGCCUGGGCUCAGUCCAACACAGUUCCUGGUCUGUUCACUGGUUCUACUGGAGCUCAGGUUCUCAGCUCUGAGGAGCUCUCCACCAGCGGACCUCAAGCCUGGCUGAAGAAGGACCAGUUCCUCAAGGCGGCUCCGGUAUCGGGGGGUGUUGGGGAGUUCCUGAUGAGGAAGAUGGGCUGGAAGACCGGAGAGGGCCUUGGGAGGAACCGCGAGGGCACCGUGGAACCGAUCGUUAUCGACUUCAAGGUGGACCGCAAAGGUCUGGUUGCUGAAGGAGAAAAGCCACAGAAACAAACCGGAGGACUGGUGGUAACCAAGGAUCUAAUGGGGAAGCACCCGGUCUCUGCUCUCAUUGAGUUGUGUAAUAAGAGGCGGAUCAUGCAGCCGGACUUCGUCAUGGUUCAUCACAGCGGACCCGACCACCGCAAGAACUUCCUGUUCAAGGUGGGUCAUUUAAAUGUUCUCUGAAGGCUAAACUCAUUUUUACUUUCUUCCUUAAAGAUUCAGACCAGCUCCUCUGUACGCCUGAACCGAGACAGGACCAACACUGAAAUCACCAUGAUAGUAGACCCACAAAAACAAGCAGCUAUGACGUGUUCUGCUUCUUCCACCUGGGCUCAAAAACAUCAAACAACAACUGUGUGGUGACGAAAUUGGAUUUAUUUUACCAAAAUCAACCCAAACUGAAGCCAUAAAGCAGCUGCUGUCAGAGAGCUGGAUGGAGAAUGAGGGAGGUUUUAUCAGCUGAGCCUCUGGAUCAAUCAGCUGAUGAGCCUCCCUCACCUCUGGACACAAAAGACAGAGACACCUGGUGGACAGGUGGAGGAGUUAGCAUGCUAACCCUGCUAACAGUAUACAUAAAGCACUAAGCUGAUGGAGCUGAAGCUGAAUUCAUCUCAGAUCUUCCUGUUCAUUCUGAGUGUGGAUCAGCUACAGAUUACCAGCAGCCAGUUAUUUAAAGUCCACUUUUAUUGUUCUGUUUGUCUGAAAAGCUUGGAGGAGCGAAAUAAAAGCUCCUCUAGACCCCAAAACGAGAUCCAGAAAAGAGUUUUAGCCAAUAUGCCUGUGUAGGAACUAGAUUACCUCUAAAACCAGCAUCAUCCCACCUAAUUCCUGCUGUGCACGAAGACUGUUGUGUUCACGCCUGCAGCAGAACGUUUGUUUGAGAUGUUUUAGAGUCUGCAGGAACAGGUGAAGAACAGGUGAAUAGGGUACCACUAAUCAGGAGGUCUAGAAGGAGUCAUAGUUCCACUAAUCAGAAGGUCUAGAAGGAGUCAUAGUACCACUAAUCAGGAGGUCUAGAAGGAGUCAUAGUUCCACUAAUCAGGAGGUCUAGAAGGAGUCAUAGUUCCACUAAUCAGAGGUCUAGAAGGAGUCAUAGUUCCACUAAUCAGGAGGUCUAGAAGGAGUCAUAGUUCCACUAAUCAGAAGGUCUAGAAGGAGUCAUAGUACCACUAAUCAGGAGGUCUAGAAGGAGUCAUAGUUCCACUAAUCAGGAGGUCUAGAAGGAGUCAUAGUUCCACUAAUCAGAAGGUCUAGAAGGAGUCAUAGUUCCACUAAUCAGGAGGUCUAGAAGGAGUCAUAGUUCCACUAAUCAGAAGGUGUAGAAGGAGUCAUAGUUCCACUAAUCAGGAGGUCUAGAAGGAGUCAUAGUUCCACUAAUCAGGAGGUCUAGAAGGAGUCAUAGUACCACUAAUCAGGAGGUCUAGAAGGAGUCAUAGUUCCACUAAUCAGAAGGUGUAGAAGGAGUCAUAGUUCCACUAAUCAGGAGGUCUAGAAGGAGUCAUAGUUCCACUAAUCAGGAGGUCUAGAAGGAGUCAUAGUUCCACUAAUCAGGAGGUCUAGAAGGAGUCAUAGUUCCACUAAUCAGAAGGUCUAGAAGGAGUCAUAGUACCACUAAUCAGGAGGUCUAGAAGGAGUCAUAGUUCCACUAAUCAGAAGGUGUAGAAGGAGUCAUAGUACCACUAAUCAGGAGGUCUAGGAGGAGUCAUAGUUCCACUAAUCAGGAGGUCUAGAAGGAGUCAUAGUUCCACUAAUCAGAAGGUGUAGAAGGAGUCAUAGUUCCACUAAUCAGGAGGUCUAGAAGGAGUCAUAGUUCCACUAAUCAGAAGGUGUAGAAGGAGUCAUAGUUCCACUAAUCAGGAGGUCUAGAAGGAGUCAUAGUUCCACUAAUCAGGAGGUCUAGAAGGAGUCAUAGUACCACUAAUCAGGAGGUCUAGAAGGAGUCAUAGUUCCACUAAUCAGGAGGUCUAGAAGGAGUCAUAGUUCCACUAAUCAGGAGGUCUAGAAGGAGUCAUAGUUCCACUAAUCAGGAGGUCUAGAAGGAGUCAUAGUACCACUAAUCAGGAGGUCUAGAAGGAGUCAUAGUACCACUAAUCAGGAGGUGUAGGAGGAGUCAUAGUACUUAAUGACACAGCCCCAUUUUAAAGCAGAUUUAAGUCUUUUUGGGUAAAUGUUUGAGGUUUUCCACUGCAGCUACUCUACUGGUGUAUGAACGUUGGUGGUGGUUGGAGGUCAGGCUGCCCCAGGGCAGCUGUGUCCACAAAUGUAGUUUACCACCACCCGAGUGAGAAUGUGUGAGUGAAUGAAUGAUGGAUUCGGGUUAGGUGAACAGAAAAGCACUAUGUAAUUUAAUCCAUUAUUAUUAUUAUUAUUGUUUUCUUUGAUGCUUCCAUGCUGUUUCUGAAUCCGUGGUUGUUUCCAGGUGACGGUGAACGGAGUGGACUACCAGCCUCAGACAGCCAGUCCCAAUAAGAAGCAUGCUAAGGCCAUGGCAGCUACUGUGGCCCUGCAGGCUCUGGGAGAGGUUCCUGUCGAUGGACCAGGACUCUACACCGGUCCUGUCUUCACAGCUGCUUCUACUGGACCUCUGUUCUCCACAUGAACACCACUGGACUGGCCCAGAGGGUUUUAUCACAGCAGACAUUUUGAUUUGUCAGUCAGGAGAGCACCGGUGUGGUGGUGGUGAUGGCCACGGUCGACUUUACACAUCUGAAGGUCCAGGAGAGUCCACAUGGAACAGAUUCAUCAUCUCUAGAAGAGUCUGAGUCCAUGUGGCGGCUGCUCUACAGCCAGUAGAGAGUUUACAAUCUGCUGGAUCACAGUCCUUCAAGUGGACUCCAGAAGCAGCAACAACUUGACCUCACCGGUGUCCACCGGUGUCCACCGGUGUCCACCGGUGUCCACGUCUACCAGGAGUAUCGUCACGUCUUAAUGAAGGUCCUGUUCUGUUUGUUAGGGUGGACGGACUGACUGCAGAGCUGUUGCUGCUUCUCUUCAUACAUGUUCCAGUAUUCCACACUAUUACUCCGUGUAGUGGAGUCCAUCAUGGUGUUCAGUUAGGUGGUGCUCAGAUUCUUGUGGAGAUGAUAAAUCUGCAUCUCUGAGGCUCUGGUGGAUCUUCUCCUGAGACAUUAAUAAAUCAAACUCUGCCUCUCCAGCUGCCAGGGGUCAAAACAUCUGCCCUGAAAACCACCUUUUCUGCUUAGUUUAACUUCUUGAUCCUAGUUUUUGUCGUUUUUUUGUCCGUCCAUUAUUUCCACUCAGAACAAACACUGUAGACACGCGAUGAGUUCAUUUGUUUAUGACGGGGGAGGUGGUUGGGACUGGUAGAGGAUCAGUGCAUUUAGAGUGGACAAUGUGUGCAUGUACUGUCUGUCUGUAUGACCCAUGUAUGUAUGUAAAUAUGACUCAUGUUUGAUAUGGUAGCAUCAUUUUAGCUGAUAAAUACUUUAUUCUCAGACACUAGUUUCUCUGGUGGUUGGUCUCAGCAGAGCUGGUCUGGUAACUGCAGAGUUUUCUGUAAAUCAAAGUGUUUUGUUCUCCGUUGGUCCUGAUGCGUUUGUGGCCUGAGAUGUUCCUCAAAACAAGGCUGGUGAAGUUCAGCCUCCUAAAGAUAUGUAAACAGAAAUAAAGAGUAUAUUUAUGUUA